AUGGGCCGGCACCAUCACCAUCACCAUCUUCGCCUUCCUGACCACCUCUACCUCUCUCCGCCCUCGCCUCCAAACCCUGCCAUUUCCGCGACGGCUCCUGCUUCGCUCCUCGCGGUCAAGUCGGCCAUAUUCUUCUCGUCGUCGACUUCCUUGUUCCAGGAAGUUGGGCGCUCCCGGGCUUUUGCGAUCCGUGACCGCAUCCCCGGCUUCAAAACUUCUGCUGCUUUCUUUACCACGCUCCGAGCAAACCUGAUCCUUGACCUCGAACAUACCUCAUCCGUCGCAAAUACUCCCGAUUUCCUCCGCCCAGCGGACUGGACGAAUUCAGGCCUUCCCUAUUCCUCUGCCGCCUCACCACAGUACCACUACUACUAUCACUCGGAAAUGGCCAACGACGACACCACCGUCGCCGAGAGGGCCGACAAUCCACUCGACUCGCUCCCCGAGCUCACGACCAAGCCCGCUGCGACCGAAGACGAUAGGGUCGAAGCCCUGCAUCUGAUCGCCGACUCGGUCGCCCAACAACGCCAAUUGGCCUCCACGGCAAUUAUAUUCCACCCCUUCACACUAUGCGCGCUGGUCCUCCUCUUCGGGCUGGCCUACCAGAACCUCUAUAAAGGGUCGUAUUCGGACUGGGCCAUCAUCGGGACCACCUUGGCCGGCAUCCUCAUGGCCGCGCUCAUCACCGUCCGAUGGCUCACAGGCGGCUACAUCUUCGAGGCCGAGCGGAUCGGGACGUGGAAAUGGCUCAACGAAGGUCGCGACGAGUCCGAGGCCGACAUCGUCGGCUCGCAGGACGACAUCCUCCUCACGCGCUACGGCGACGAAGUCAUCGGCGCGAUCGUCCUGCGCGGCGUCCGCGACCACCCGACCCAAGCAGCAUCGACCAGCAGAUCACGCAAGAACGUGCCCACCACCGGGCAGAUCCGCGCGUGGACGGUGAAGCGGCGGUACCGCCGCAAAGGCAUCGGCCAAGGCUUGCUGGAGGAAGCCAUCGCGUGGUGUCGAGACAAAGGCUGGCAGGGCCCGGAAUUUGCCGAGAAGCACGCCAACUCGGCCAAGCUCGUGCACCCUACUUUCAGCGGCGGCUUUACCAAGCGGGAGAGGCAGGCGCGAGAGAUGCUGCAGCGGGUGAUUGAGGAGCAGCAGGGCAGUAGUAGUACUGCUGGGGGAAAGAAAGGCCGGAGAUAA